AUGCCGAUAUCAAGCAAAACUCCUCCAAAAAUCCACCACAGAACCUGUCACAAAACAAAAUCCUUUCAUAUUGCAUUUUUUCACCAAAACAAAUUAAGUGACCGGACCCUUCAUGUAUACAUGGCUAUUCGUAUGCCUGGGAUCAUUCAAGCAAAGAAAGUUCUUGGUCGAUCAUUGUCCAAUGGAAGCCGUCACAUCAUCCCAAAAGGAUAUUUUGCAGUUUAUGUUGGUGAUCAAGAGAAAAGACGAUUUGUUGUUCCUUUAUCAUUAUUAAACCAGCAUUCGUUCCAAGACUUGCUACAUGAAGCAGAGGAAGAAUUUGGAUAUGAUCAUCCAAUGGGUGGCCUCACAAUUCCGUGUCGUGAGGAAGUGUUCAUUGAUGUUGCCUGCCGCCUUUGCUCGUUAUGA